AUGGAGAAGGGAUACAGCACGGUCACCUUCGACGGGACGCCCAGCUACGGCCACACGCCCUCGCACCACGCGGCGCAGUUUCCUAAUCACUCCUUCAAGCACGAGGACCCCAUGGGCCAGCAGGGCUCGCUGGGCGAGCAGCAGUACUCCGUGCCGCCUCCGGUCUACGGCUGCCACACGCCCACCGACAGCUGCACGGGCAGCCAGGCCCUGCUGCUAAGGACGCCCUACAGCAGCGACAAUUUAUACCAAAUGACCUCCCAGCUUGAAUGCAUGACCUGGAAUCAGAUGAACUUAGGAGCCACCUUAAAAGGCCAUGGCACAGGGUACGAGAGUGACAACCACGCCACCCCCAUCCUCUGCGGUGCCCAAUACAGAAUACACACUCACGGCGUCUUCAGAGGCAUCCAGGAUGUGCGGCGUGUGCCUGGAGUGGCUCCAACUCUCGUCCGGUCGACGUCUGAGACCAGUGAGAAACGCCCCUUCAUGUGUGCUUACCCGGGCUGCAAUAAGAGAUAUUUUAAGCUUUCUCACUUACAGAUGCACAGCCGGAAGCACACUGGUGAGAAGCCAUACCAGUGUGACUUCAAGGACUGUGAGCGAAGGUUUUCUCGUUCAGACCAGCUCAAAAGACACCAAAGGAGACACACAGGUGUGAAACCAUUCCAGUGUAAAACUUGUCAGCGAAAGUUCUCCCGCUCUGACCACCUGAAGACCCACACCAGGACUCAUACAGGUAAAACAAGUGAAAAGCCCUUCAGCUGCCGGUGGCCCAGUUGCCAGAAAAAGUUUGCCCGCUCCGAUGAGUUAGUGCGCCAUCACAACAUGCACCAGAGGAACAUGACCAAGCUGCAGCUGGCGCUCUGA